UUUUAGCAACUUUUUGGCAAGAAGAAAGUUGUGCAAUCUUCCCAAGAAACAGCUUUUUCCAAGCUCCAAACUUCAGUUUACACUGAGAAGAAAAGUCCAAAUAUAGCUUUAAACCCUCAUCAUAUCCCAAAUCUUCAAAGCCCUUUAUAUUCACAAGCAAGCUAAGCAAAACUAGUGGAGAUCAAAGGAGAUGAAAGGGGGGAUUAGUUGCAGCCCGGAAGAGUUGUCCAAGAAAAGCCCUGAAACCCAGAUCGAAGAAGAUCUAAAGGAAGAAGAAGAAGAAGAAGAAGAUGAUGAAGAAGAAGAAGGAAUUAGCGAGAAAGGCAAGGGCAAUAAUGGAAGCAGCUCGAGCAACAGCACCGUGGAAGAAGACGGAAAGAAGGCCGGAAACUCUUCUGGGUCAGUAAGGCAAUACGUCCGCUCCAAAACGCCCCGCCUCCGGUGGACGCCGGACCUCCAUCUUUGCUUCGUUCACGCCGUUGAAACCCUUGGAGGACAAGAUAGGGCAACACCUAAGUUGGUUCUUCAACUGAUGAACAUUAAAGGCCUUAGCAUAGCCCAUGUCAAGAGCCACCUCCAGAUGUAUAGAAGCAAGAAGAUGGAUGACCUUAAUCAAGCAGUUACUUCUUCUAAUGGAAGGCUGCUUCUUGAUAAUGGAGAUCAUCACCAUAUCUUUAACUUCGGCCACCUCCAAAGGCUACAAGGAUUUAACCAAACAACUAAUCCCACUGUAAGGUUCCAAGAUGCUUUAAGGAGUCAUCAUCAAGCGAAUGCGAUCUACAAUCCUUAUAUCAAUGGCGGAGCUUCAAGUAUGAUCAGACAUGGCUUACAUGGGCCGGCGGGUGAGAGGAUUUUUGGGGGAAACAUUUACGGAUCGCACAAUAACAACAACAACGUUAAUAGUAAUCAUCAUAGUCAUAAUAAUCCUCUCAGUUCUGAUUAUUUCCGGACGGCGGCGGCGAUUUCCCGGCAAUCUGCGGCGGCGUGCAAAAACAUGGAGAAUGAGAAGCUCCAUCAGCCUCACUUCUUCCCAGCUCAAAGGGUUUUGGGUUCUCAUCAAUUUGGAAGCUCUCCGGCGAACCAGAUUCUCCUAAAGAAAUUGCAGUUAGACAGAGGGAGAGAUCCUCCUGCGGUGGCGCCGCCGCCGCAGACGACUCGGAACAUUCUAGAAGAAUGUGUCGGGGUUUUCCGGCCGGACGGAGCGGACCACUGCCCUGCCGCCGCGGCGGCGGCGGCUGAAGAAACAUACACAUUGAAAAGGAAAAGUUUGCCAGAUUCUUCAUGCGAUCAUCAAGUGAAUCUUGAUUUGAGUCUAUCGUUAAGGACGAGGAACGAGAAUGAUCAAAAAAGACUGAAACUCGACGAGGAAGAUGCCGGAGAGUACGACGUCGGUGGCGUUGAUACCACCGAUUUGUCUCUCUCACUGUUCUCCUCCUCGUCGGAAAAACAUCAUGGGACGACAAAGCAGCCGACAAGAAUCGAAAACAGCGGACUACAUCUCUCUUUGUGAUCAAUCAUAUCGUCAAAAUAUAUGAAUCUAUUGUACGUUCUGAGUGAGAUUUGGAUGCAGUGCCUUAUUAAUCAGAAUUGAUUAAUAUAAUGCCCAAAUUUCCUAUCUUUGUCAGUGUUCAUGUGCAACAUAUAUAAUUAAGGUAAACAAACUCCAAUCCUAAUUGUCUUCUUCUUCCUGCAA